ACAUUUAAUCCACUUGCUGCUCGGUGACAUUUAUAGCUCUGUGAUUUUAGUUUCAAUUUUACUUUUGUUUUGUGCAGUUCGUUUCGUCGAGUCAAUAAAAAGCGCUACGUACAUAUAGUAUAAUAUAUCUGCAGUUAUUUGCACAACUUGGUAAACCAGUAUUCAUUGUAAGAUGAAAUUAUUCGCCUUACUUUCACUGGCCUUGGGCCUGCUGGUGGCCCAAACGGGCGCCGCUAAUCUCGUCUGUUACUAUGACUCGGCCAGCUAUAUACGCGAAGGACUUGGCAAACUGCUCACGCCCGACCUUGAGAUCGCCUUGCAAUUCUGUUCGCAUUUGAUUUACGGCUAUGCCGGCAUCAAUCCCAACACCUAUCAGGUGCAGAGUCUGCACGAAGACUUGGACGUCUACAAGCAUCAGUAUUCCGAAGUCACAGCGCUGAAGCGCAAAUAUCCAAGCUUGAAAGUAUUACUGAGCGUUGGUGGCGAUCAAGACGUCGAUGCCGAGCAUCCGAACAAAUAUCUAGAGCUGUUGGAGGGUGAAAAGGUUAAGCAGACCUCAUUCAUAAACUCUGCCUACUCGUUGGUGCGCUCAUAUGGUUUCGAUGGUUUGGAUUUAGCCUUCCAAUUUCCGAAGAAUAAGCCACGUAAAGUGCACUCAGACAUCGGCAUGGUGUGGAAGAAAUUCAAGAAGCUCUUCACGGGCGAUUUCAUCGUAGAUGAGAAAUCCGAACAGCAUAAGGAAGAGUUUACCGCAUUCGUGCGUGAUGUGCGCAAUGCUUUGCGUCCCGAUAAUAUGAUGCUCACGCUAACGGUAUUGCCGAAUGUCAAUUCAUCGUGGUACUUCGAUGUGCCAGCACUCGUUGGCAAUUUGGACUUCGUCACUUUGGCCGCCUUCGAUUUCCUCACACCCGAGCGUAAUCCAAAAGAGGCCGAUUACACGGCGCCACUAUACGAACUAUACGAUCAAAAUCGCUUGCCACACUACAAUGUUAAUUACCAAGUAGACUAUUGGCUGGCUCAGCAGUGUCCGGCCAAUAAGAUUAAUGUCGGUAUUGCCGCCUAUGGACGCGCCUGGAAGUUAACCAGCGAUUCUGGCAUGACUGGCACGCCUGUCAUCAAGGACACUGAUGGUCCGGCACCGGCUGGCAUGCAAAGUCAAAACCCCGGUCUACUCUCUUGGCCGGAGGUGUGCGGUAAGUUACCGAAUCCGGCAAAUACAUAUCUGAAGGGCGCCGAUGCACCGUUGCGACGCGUUAGCGAUCCCACUAAACGUUACGGCCCGUACGCCUACCGUCCGGCAGAUGGUAAUGGCGAACACGGCAUGUGGGUGAGCUAUGAGGAUCCGGACAGCGCGGCCAAUAAGGCGGCUUAUGUGCACUCGAAGAACCUGGGCGGUAUUGGCUUGUUCGACUUGAGUUACGAUGACUUCCGUGGCCUGUGCACUGGCGAUAAGUACCCCAUUUUGCGUGCUGCCAAGUUUCGUUUGUAAUACUUUAAGUUCUUCUAUACACAAAUUAUCUUCGAAUUUGCUUUUGUUGUAUAUUUUCACGCUCAAUAAACAAUGAUUAUUUUUUUACCUAUAAAA